AUGUCCUACCCGGCGACGCUCCGCGAGUGGCUGGCAAAGAUCAUCAGCUUCGACACGACGAGUCGCAACUCGAACUUGCCGAUGGUGGAGUACGUGCGCGACUACCUGAAGUCCGUCGGCGUUGCGUCGACGUUCGUGUACAACCCGGAGAAGACGCACGCCAACCUGUGGGCGACGCUGCCCGGCGAGAACGGCGUGAUGCAGGGCGGCAUCGUGCUUUCAGGUCACACGGACGUUGUGCCGGUGGAUGGGCAGAAAUGGGACAGCGACCCGUUCACGAUGGUGGAGAAGGACGGCAAGCUGUUUGGCCGCGGAGCCUGCGACAUGAAAGGCUUCCUGGCCGUUGUGCUUGCGCUGACGCCGCAGUUCCUGACGAUGAAUCGGGCGAAGCCCGUGCACUACGCUUUCUCAUUCGACGAGGAGGUGGGCUGCACCGGCGUGCCGUACUUGAUCGAAUAUCUGAAGGAGCGCGGGUUCCAGGCGGAUGCCUGCCUGAUCGGUGAACCAACGGACAUGAACGUUUACGUCGGUUCUAAGGGGUUGACUCAGUGGAGCGUAUCUGUGCAGGGAAAGGCGAUUCACUCGUCUAUGGCGCUCAUGAACACAAGCUGCAACGCGAUCGAGUACGCUGCGCAGAUCAUCACAAAGGUGCGCGAGAUCGCGGUGGACUUGCGCAAGAACGGCCGCCAGGACCCUGAAUACGCAUGCCCGUUCCCCUGCAUGACGACUGGGUUGAUCAAGGGCGGCAAUGCUGUGAACACGGUCCCUGCGCAGUGCGAGUUUGUGAUCACUGUGCGCAUCACAGACAACGACACAUCGGACGCCAUCGAGCGGCAUGUGCGUGCGUAUGUGAACGAUCACGUGCUGCCUGCGAUGCGUGAGGAGUACCCCGAUGCUGAGGUAAAGGUGAUGCGUGCGUUGAACAUGCCUGCCUUUAACGGCAAAGAGGCUGCUUCUGUGACGCAGAAGGCCUUGAUGCUCCGAAAGGCUACAAAGACGUACAAGACGGGUGGUGGCACGGAGGGCGGCUACUUUGAGGAUGUCCUGGGUGUUUCAACGGUGAUUGUGGGUCCGGGUCCUCACGCGAUGGCGCAUCUGCCGAACGAGUACGUGCUCGUGGACCAGAUGGAAAAAAGCACAGAGUUCACGAUGGCCCUGGUGCGUCUGUACACGGACCCGAGCUACUGCGGUGCCGGCAACCUGUAA